AAUUGAAUCAUUAUAAAAAAGUGACCGAAUCUGGAAAAUGAACAUAAGCCAAUAGAUAUCUCGUUUUCGAUUUGUGACAGGGGAGAUAGGAAACGGAGGCGUGGUUCUUAGAUGGCCAUAGUAGAGAGAUGGGAAAUGAAAGCGUUGUAAUAAUAAAAGACAUCGAAAUUUUUCUGCGGCUAUCAUUACAUCUCUCCUUAUCUUCCUCUUCCUCGUCGAGCGGGUGAGAGAGAGAGCCGGAGAGAGAGGAUGAGCUCCGCCUACGCCACCAGAAUAUCAGCCUUCGUCCCCGUACCGGCGGCCACAACGCCGCCCCAAAAAUUCCACCUCCAAUCGAUUUCUAGCAGUAUUACUUUAAACAAGCAAGUUUUACAAUUUCCCAAAGAACAGCAAGCUUGGUUGUCGAUCAGUUUUAAAAUUGUGGAUGUUAAUAAUCUUAACAAGCAUGCGAGAAGGACUUCAUCAAUGAAACUCUUUGCUGCUUCAUCUUCUUCUUCGUCUUCACCCGUGGAGGAAGUUGUUUCUGAAGAAGGAGAUCAAGAAACGACCGACGAUUCAAUUGAUUCAUCAUCAUCUACAUCUGCGACUUUUAGUGGAUGCCAGGGAUGUGGGAAAGAGGAAAUAGAAAGGGGAUGUAAUGGGGAGGGAAGAAUUCAAGGCGGGAUAGCUACAGUGCCUGGGUUUGGUUGGUGGCCGAUCAAGGCUUACAGACCUUGUCCUAGUUACGUGGCUACUGGUGGUCGGUACCGGAGGACUGGUCAGAGCAUGGAUGAAAUCGGUUUCGGCGGGGGCGGUGGAGGUGGGAGAAAAGCUUCUUCAGCUGUCGGGAAUGGUGAAAAUGGGCAGACGAGGUAAAUUUAAUUUUUGUUGACUAAUUUAUUUGCUUUUAUUUAUAAUCGAUUUACUAUUUUAUCACAUGCUCUGCAUUUAUAACUUCACUCAAAAACUCGUUCAAUUUUUGAAUUGAAGGUUUACAACAAUGAAUCUGAAUGAAUGAAUGAACGAAUGAAAAGCAAUGAAUUAAAAGUAAGGAUCGAUAUAGGGAGUAGUAUGGAAGUAAGGACUAGAGAAACUCUGACACUAUCUUUGUUUCAAAAUUUGCUAUUGAUAAAAGUCUAUAGUUUUAUCUCCUAUCUCUCUUCAAAAAAAAAAAAAGAAGUCAUUAUUGAGUUUUGAAAUUUAUACUAGUUUUAGUGUAAUAUUCAAAAUUAUGUAAAAUUUUUGGAACGGAGAGAGUAUUUUAAUGCUAGUACGAUUUAUUGUAGCUUAUCCUUUUCACUAUAAAUUGCGGACUAAUGAAAAUAUGACGGUGGAAGUAUCAAUGUUUUGCUAUUGCAUAGUUGGAUGCCUAAUAUCGUUCUGACAUCUCAUUGAACUUGUGACUUGAUGUUGUGCCAAAAGAAAAAGGAAAUUCAGGAAACUUGGAGCUGAACAGGAAGCUAAAGCUUAGCCAGAAGGGACAAGAAAUUGAAGAUCAAUUUUUCAUUUCUAAUUCAUAUAAUCAUAUUGCUAUAUUCAUCAGCAGUAUAUCUCAGACCACAUGAUAAAAAUAUACUUAUAACCCUUGUUCCUGAGAAUCAAACGGCCUAAUGUGCAAAGCAUUUAGACAUUUUGCUGAGAAGAUGUCAAUUUGGCAUACUUUUCAGCCCAUCGCAAGUUUCCAAAAAUUUUGGAUGCCCUGUAUAAUUCUUCUCUGUAUUGUUACAAUUUUAUCUGUAUAAUUCUUACUAUAUGUCAUGUUAAUUGGAAACUGACAUUCUUCAUCAGUUAGAUCAUAUUAAUGAGUGCUGCAUUGUUAAGUCAUUACUGUGUUGUGACCCUUUGGUAAUCUUCGCAAUCUUUGCAGAACAGAGCCAUACAUUAUGAGGUUACAAUUAACGAUCCCAUCGAAGAUUCAGUGUUGUUCUGAGUUUGCAUCCUCAAUCCAUUUUGCAUUUCUAAUACUAC